GCAAGUAGUGAUGGACCGGAGUUUGUUGGACCCGCCAGAAGGCAACUGCCCGCCAAGGCCCACUCCUACCCCCUCGCCAAUGCCGCCACCCUCCACCCCCGACAGCCAAGACAGACAACCUUCCACACCCAAGUCUUCUGACCAGGAAGACAGUGGGCGAGGAGAGUCGUGCAGCAGCGGCGACAGCAGCCACGAGGAGGACAACGGUGAGCCUCCGGCCUUGGUGGUGUAUCUGGUCGAGCCCUUCACACUGGGCAGUGACUCUAGCGAUUUGCAACGGUUGGCGUGCCUGGGCCUGCUGGCGGUGUUUCAAUAA